AUGGCCCCGUCCCUUCUCUCGACCACACGUCCAGCAUCCAUCUCGAUCCCAUCCUUGCAAGUCAUCGACACCAUCCCAACUCCCUCCCCGCCCCGCCUCGCCUGCUCGCCUGAUCGCCUGCCUCUGCGAACAGAAGCACAAGCAGCAGGGCUCCCUCGUCAAAAGAGGCUUCCCACUCCUUGCACAGCACAACCCCCAGGUCGACACCGUCCGUGCGCCAGACUGCCAGCGCGCCCUCCAAGCCAGCAAGCAGCACCUGACCCCGACCUGACCACCACCAACCACUUCUCGGUCGGCCUUCCCCUCCACGACGCUCGACGCUCGCCAACGCUCGCCAACGCUCGACUACCCAGUCCGGCGACCAGCGACCGAACAAUUCACACCUCACACCUCGACAACGCCCCCCCUCCGGCAUUGUCAUCGCGUGCCCCUCACCCAUCGGCGCAUGCGGCUCUAGCUGUUCGACCAUCCCCAGCUAGCACACCCGCGCGAACAAGGGCACAAGACCCCGAACCCCGCGCAACUCACUCCGUCUCAUCUCGCGGAGUUCCAGGGUGCAUCGCGUGCUGCGCAGCGAACGCCGCUGUGAUGGACCGCCGCAUUCCCACUGCGUUCCUUAUGCCGUCACGUUGGGACAUUGAAACCACACCGAGCGAGGCGAGUCAUGUACGAGGCGGCGAUGACGGCGUAGUGCACAUUACGCCGCUCUCCGACGGAACGCAUGCCUUAUCGCAAUUCCAUCUCGCCGCUGGCCAACACACCGCAUCAUUUGAUGGCGCACCCAAGGGCCAUGCCGACUACGCGCUGCGCCCCUCACUCCCAGCGUUCCCUCCGCUCAACGACCCACCAACCCACAUUGUCCUCGUCGACGGGGCCCGUGCCCGCCCUCUGACUGCAACUCACAGUGACUCCCGUGGCCGCGGUGCACGCGGCGGCCCGACUCAGUCGUUCGAGAGUGCCCAUGAUCAGAGCGCACGCUUGCCCGCUCCGCCCGCCUUGCCUGCAUUGCUAACAUUCAGACGUCCAUGGCGCGGAGGCGGGCCUCCGGGCUCGACAGGCUACCGGAACGCUGCGAACGCAUCGCCGCGCACCAACGAGGCCAAGCUGGAAGACAAGGGCGGAAAGGCAGGUUUCCAAACUGACACGGACAUCUCGGCGUCGAACCGUGCCGGCGAGCGCGAGCUGAAGCCGUGGGUACCCGACGAGCCCGAGUCCAACGGCGGCGCGGCCACUAACGGUGGUGCGCGCGGCGACGUAAUCACGUUCGGCGGGCCUGUCAGCAAUAUUCCUUGGGACCAGUUUGAGACGAACACGCGGCUGUUCGGCGCCAAGACGGACUACGACGAGGAGCUGUACACGACCAAGCUCGACCGGUCGAGCCCCGGCUACAAGAAGCGGGAGCGUGAGGCCGACCGCCUCGCGAACGAGAUCUUGUCCAAGACCUCGUCCAACUCGCACAUUGCCGAGGAGCGCGGCCAGGCCGUUGCCGGAGACACAAAGGACGAGGAAGAGAAGUACUCGGGCGUCGUGCGCAACCCCAACGCGUACGUGCCUCCUGGUGCACGAAAGGCGACCGGUGGAGGCCUCCCCGUGCGCAAGGACGGCACGACUCCUCCCCCCGCGCCCAAGGAAGCACCUGCCGCCGCCUCGGCCCCCAAGCCUACGGCUGCUGCGUCUGCGCCUGCUGAAAAGGAGACGACGACCGACGUUCCUCUUCCUCCCAUGCCCAAGGGUAACGGACCUGCCUCCGCCAACACCAAACUCCCCACUCCCCAGAGCUCCACCCCUCCCCCCGCCACCGCCAGCAACAACGGGCCCCGCCUGUCGGCUGACCCCGUGAUCGACCCGGCCAUCGCUUCGUCUUCGCUCGGUCCUGGUCCUGCCACCUCGAUGGCCCGCAGCACCAGCUCUAUCCCCCAAGGCCAGACUCAGACGCAAGCGACCACGAACGGCGGCACGUCGCCGGGCGGAUCGAGCGCGGCCCACGCGCCCGCCCCGAUCGGCGCUGUCGUCGACCAGGCGCGCCAGUUUGUCGAGUCUGAGCGUGAGCGGGUCACUGCGCGCAAGCAGUCGAUGGCCAAGAACGAGCGCGCCCACGUCCUGGCCGAGUUCAAGUCGUGGCAGGCAAAGUUCAAGGUCCCCUUGCCCAUUCCCAAGGACAUUCUGCCCAUCCUGACCAAGGAUGAGCAGAAGCAGAAGGAGAUUGAGGAGCAGGCGGCCAAGGCGCUCAAGGACGCCGAGGAGAACAAGAAGCACGCAGCGGCCACCGCCAAGUCGCCGCUCGCCAAGCCGAACCCCCUCUCCCCGAACCUGAACCUGCCCAAGCCCCCUGUCCAGGCCCAGCAGCAGCCCAAGAAGAUCGUCAUGAAGAUCCCGGAGAUCCCGCCCUUCCGCAAGAAGGUCCCGCCUGCUGUGCCUGUGCCGGAGACUGCGAGCCAGAACAUUGCCGUUACGAGCCCGACGCCGUCGAACGCGUCGGUCACGUCUGGCCACGCCAAGCUGAACCCGAACGCGUCGUCGUUUGUGUUCAAGCCGAACCCGUCCGCCGCCGCGUUCAAGCCCGGCGACGUCACGUCCCCCAAGGCUGCGCCCACAAAGCUCAGCGGUCCUCCUUCUGUCGGAGGACCGUCAACUUCGCCCGCCCCGCCCCCCUCGGUCUCACCCGGUCCUACUGCCAGCUCGAGUGCCCCCGCGACGCCCAAGAACCCGUUCUACAAGGAUGGGCCGCCCAAGAGGAUAGUCGUGAACCCCCGCGAUGACUUCAACCCGUUCAAGCACGGCCAGGUGCCGGCCGCGUCGAGCGUCACGCCGCAGUGGCCGUACACUGGCCGCCGGUCGAGUGUCGCGUACUCGCAGCCGAUGCACCCGAUGGCGAUGCAAAACUAUGACGGCGGCGCGGGCGGCGGCACCGGCAGCGGCGACGACCCCUCUUCGCCGCACCCCGGCCCGCCCCCGAUGCUGCAGGGCGGCAUUCCGCCCAACCUGCUCCCGUUCUACCGGUACCAGCCCAACGUCAAUGUCCCGCCGCAGAUGCAGGGCGCGAUGAUGGGCCAGAUGUUCCCUGGUCCCGGCGGCUUUGUGCCUCCGCAGAUGCAGGGCAGCCCGCACAUGCAGCAGGGCCCGCAACACGGUCCGAAUGGAACCGACCCCGCCCCAGCCCCACUUCCAGCAACUCCCCAACCCGCCCGUGCCCCCCGGCGUGCCCGGGUUCGACGGCAGCCCGGCGCAGUAGCAUAG